AUGCCGCUCAGUGAUUGUAACCUGACAGAGAGAAGCUGCUCAGCUUUACACACAGUUCUCAGCUCUGAAUCCUCCAAACUGACUGAGGUGGAUCUGAGCAGUAACCAUCUGGAGGACUCAGGAGUGAAGCAGCUUUGUGUUGGACUGGAGAGUCCAAACUGUAAACUGGAGAAACUGAGGUUGUUGAAAAGUGCUGAAGCAGAGGAAGCCUACAACCUUCUUACUCGAAUGUUCAGUAAAAACCCCUUACUGCACACGGAGCUGGAUCUGAGCUCCAGAAAAUUAACAGACGUCAGAGUGGAUCAGCUCUCGGCUCUGCUGCAGGAUCCACAUUACAGACUGCAGAAACUUACUUGCUGUUUUUUACAGCCAGAAGCGACUGUAUCCAUGCGGACUGUGCCUGUGCUGAUUGGAAAGCCGCUGACAAAAUCCUGCACUGCUUUGGCUUCAGCUCUCUGUACAAAUCCAUCACACAUCAGAGAGCUGGAUCUGAGUGGGUGUAAACUGGGAGACUCAGGAGUGGAGAAGCUCUGUGAUCUACUUAAGAAACACGAGUGUAAACUGGAGACACUGCGACUGUGUUACAGCGUCAGUGAGAAAUCCUGCACUGCUUUGGCUUCAGCUCUCUGUACAAAUCCAUCACACAUCAGAGAGCUGAAUCUGAGUUGGUGUGAACUGGGAGACUCAGGAGUGGAGAAGCUCUGUGAUCUACUGAAGAAACAUGAGUGUAAACUGGAGACACUGCGACUGAGGAAGAGCGUCAGUGAGAAAUCCUGCACUGCUUUGGCUUCAGCUCUCUGUACAAAUCCAUCACACAUCAGAGAGCUGCAUCUGGGUGGGUGUAAACUGGGAGACUCAGGAGUGGAGAAGCUCUGUGAUCUACUGAAGAAACACGAGUGUAAACUGGAGACACUGCGGUUAUCUCAGUGCAGAAUAACAGAGAGAGGCGGUGCUGCUCUGACUGCAGCUCUGAGCUCAAACUCCUCAAUCUGAAAGUGCUGGAUCUGAGAGGGAAUGAACUAAAAGAUUCACUCACACAGCUCAAGGAGUUGCUGAAAAGUUCAGGAGGCCGGCUAAUAUAUUAUUAGACCACAUGGGAGAAAAUGAAAGCUCUUGGGUUUGCUAUUACACAUUACGUCCCUGGUAUUAGAAAUUCUGGUCAGCAGCCGACUUUAGAAAGUGAGUCGUCGACACUGCAGCAUGACCAAAGAGAGGGAAAAAUGGAACUCGUCCCACAGUGAGGAAGCAGUGUGGACAAUGUCUCCAGCGAGCCAGACCAGGGCAGGAGGGGGAACACAACAAAAGACUGCACAGAGAAAAGUCACACCAGUAGUUCACAGAAUCUACAAAAUAAAGGCUACACAAGUGUUGGGUCAAAUUUUAUUAUAUGUAGAUUAUGAUCAGAAUAUGAAUCAGAAUCAGUAGGUUAAAUCAAGAUAUAUGUAGAUAUAUAUUAAUUAACUAUUGGUAGGUUAAAUAUUAAUUCUUAUGCUUAUUCUGUGUCAAAAUUAUAGUUGAAACAACCUUAGUCGGGCUGGACAUUGUUUGGGAAGAUUUUGUUUAUGAAAGUGUAUUUUGAACAGAGAAGUGUCUGAAGGUCUGUUUUAGUGUCAGAUCGACUCAUACACACUCUGAAAUGGUAGAAUUAAAGUUCAUGAUCACGUUAAUUCAUCCAGUUGAACCUUAGGUCAUAGCUUCAUAAAAAGCUAUGAAAUAUACUGAAAUAUAUUGAAAUAUACUAUGUUAGUUUUAUAGAUCCCGUAAUUAAUGAAUGCAUUCCG